AUGAGGUCCUCUCUGGCCCCUGGGAUCCGGCUCGUCACCUCCCUGUCCCGGGACACUUGGUACCGCGGCUUCACCCUGGUGCUGACCUUCCUCUUCUACACGGCCUACCAUCUCUCCAGGAAACCCAUCAGCAUCGUCAAGAGUGAGCUCCACAGAAACUGCUCCAACGUGAUCCGCCCCUCAGACCUGAACACCAGCGACAAUGCCACAUGGUGCGACUGGGCCCCGUUUGACCAAGACAACUAUCAGACGCUGUUCGGAGUCCUGGACAACUGCUUCCUGGUGGCGUACGCCGUGGGAAUGUUCUUCAGUGGGAUGUUUGGGGAGCGGCUGCCUCUGCGUCUGUACCUGAGCGCCGGGAUGCUCCUCAGUGGCCUCUUCACUGCUCUGUUUGGCCUCGGCUUCUACUGGAACAUCCACUCUCUGGCUUACUAUGCUGUUAUACAGGUGCUGAAUGGCCUGGUGCAGACCAGUGGUUGGCCUGCAGUGGUGGCCUGUGUGGGGAACUGGUUUGGAAAAGGGAAGCGUGGCCUCAUCAUGGGCGUGUGGAACUCGCACACGUCUGUGGGGAACAUCCUGGGCUCUCUGAUCGCAGGGGCCUUCGUCUCCUCCGCCUGGGGCCUUUCCUUCAUUGUCCCCGGGGCCAUCAUCGCCUCUACCGGACUCCUCUGCUUCUUCUUCCUCGUGGACAAACCUGAGGACGUGGGCUGCUCCUCCCCACAUCAGCACGGGGACAGCUCAGAGGUGGAGGAGGCAGCAGAGUCAGAGGAGGAGAGUGAGGCCAUCAGUUUCUGUGCAGCUCUGAGGAUCCCAGGUGUUCUGGAGUUCUCCUUCUGUCUGCUCUUUGCCAAACUGGUCAGCUACACCUUCCUGUUCUGGCUGCCUUUGUACAUCUCCAACGUGGCCCAUUUUGAUGCUAAAGAAGCUGGAGACAUGUCCACUCUGUUUGACUUGGGAGGAAUCGUAGGGGGGAUCCUGGCUGGACUGGUCUCAGACUACACUGGGGCUCGCGCUGCCACCUGCUGGGUCAUGCUGAUCACUGCAGCCCCCAUGUUGUUUGUCUACAACAGUGUGGGUCAGCAGAGUCUGGGGAUGUCUGUCGGGAUGCUGCUGCUCUGUGGGGCCCUGGUCAACGGCCCGUACGCUCUCAUCACAACAGCGGUGUCUGCAGAUCUGGGGACCCACCAGAGUCUGAGGGGGAACUCCAGGGCCCUGUCCACUGUCACGGCCAUCAUCGACGGCACCGGCUCCGUGGGAGCCGCUGUGGGGCCACUGCUCGCCGGGAUCAUCUCCCCCAGCGGCUGGAACAACGUCUUCUACAUGCUGAUCAGUGCGGACGUGCUGGCCUGCCUGCUGCUGUCCCGUCUCGUCUACAAAGAGCUCCGCGGCUGCUGUGGGCGGCGCCGAGGAAUCUACACCCCUCUCGUGCGCCUGCCCUACCCAGUCCCCUAG